AUGGCCACCUGGCUGCGCCAGGGGUGGCUUCUCUCCCUGCUUGUGGAGGUUCUGCUCAGCCUCGCCUCGCCCGCUGCCCUCCCGGAGCCAGUGACAUCUGAAGAUGCUGCGCUCCUGGAUGAGGUGUCUGAGGACAUCCUCUGCUUCUCCCGCUCCUUCGAGGACCUCACGUGCUUCUGGGAUGAGGAGGAAGAGGAGGCUGUGAACGGGAAGUGCCACUUCUACUACUGGUACAGCAGGGAGGUGCCCAAGGUGUGCGCAGUUUCCACGCAGAGCCGUGGGGCCGGCGGGACGCGGCAUGUCUGCGUGUUCCCCAGCCAGGACGUGCGGCUCUUCAGCCAGCUCUCCGUGCUUGUUGUGAACGCCACCAGCAACCAGACCAAGUACUCGCGGGAGCUCAGCGUGGAUGCAGUGGGUCUCAUUGCCCCACCAACGAACAUCACGGCCACCUGGACAGGGGUGGUGGGGCAGCUGUGGGUUACCUGGCAGCCCCCACUCACCGACUACCUGAACUUCUUCCUCUACAAAGUCCGUUACUGUGCAGAGGGCUCUGGGGAGGCACCCUGCAGUGUAAUGCUGGAUCCCAGCGGGCAGCGCACUGGAGACCCUUCGGUCCUGCAGGCCAGCAGCACCCAGCUGCCCAUGCCUGAGGGAGCUGCAGCCUCCCUGGGUGUGGGGCAAGGACUGGUACAGACCAACAGCUGGGUGCUACUGAGGGACCUGCAGCCUGGGGUGAGGUACCACAUCCAGGUGCGCAGCAAGCCUGAUGGCCUCUCCAUGGAUGGCAUGUGGGGCCCCUGGUCCCAGGCAGUGGCUGCAGAGACACCCCACUCCUCUGGAGACAUCGGCCUGCUCUGCACUACCCCUGACCUGCAGCAUGUGCGCUGCGAGUGGAGCUGGGACCCCGCAGAUGCCAGCAGCUCCCAUGAGCUCUUCUACCGGGCGCCCCAGAGCAGGGCUGGCAAAAGGGAAGAAGCAUGGCAGCGAUGUGAGGUGGUGAGCAUAGGGGCGCAGGGCACCCACACCUGCACAUUUCAGCCCAGGGCUGGCAGUGCCAUCUCUGUCCUGGUGAACGUCACGUGGCCCCAUGCGCGGCCCACGCUCAGCUACUUCAGGGAACCCUUCUGGUUGCACCAGGCUGUGCUCACAGACCCCCCACGGCUUCUGCAGGCCACGGUAGUGCAGGGCCGGCUGAGCCUGCAGUGGGUGCCACCCCUGGAGGAGCUGGCGGAGCAGCUGGCUUAUCAGCUCCGCUACUCUGUGGAGAACAGCCAUGACUGGAAGGUCUUGCAAGUCCCACGAGCAGCCAGGAAAGAAGUCCUGGACCUACGCCCUGGCGCCCGCUACCUUGCCCAGGUGCGAGCCCAGCCCAGCGGGCCAUGGUACCAAGGCAACUGGAGCGCCUGGUCCAAACCUGUUGUGGUUGAUGCCACGGCUGAUGCGGGCUGGACCAUCCCAAGCGUUGUGGUGGUGCCACUGCUCUUCACAGGAAUGCUCCUGGGGCUGAGGUGCACCUUCCCCUCCCUGUAUAGCAGCGUGAAGCAGAAGCUCUGGCCCCCUGUCCCUGACUUGCACCGCGCACUGGGCAACUUCCUCAAUGAGAGCAGCAAGCACAGCCAGGCCAGCGCCUUCUACAAGCAGCCCCCGGAGGACGCCGUGCUGCCCUGCCUGCUGGAGCUGGAAGCACUGGAAUUGCUGCACUAG